GACACUGACUUCAUCCGGAAAACCACAACAAAGAUGGCGGACCAACCUUUCCGUCAAAGACUUGAGCUCCAGGUCACAUCCAAUCGGCUUGCGUUCUGCUCUUCUUGAAACAUGUCUCCCAUGAAGCUGUGUGUUCCAGGUGAUAGGCUAUGCAGCACAGAAGACUGUAUGCCCGGUACUGGGGUGUACCUACGACACGGCUACAUCUACUCCUCGCUAGCAGGCUAUGUACUCAGGAAGAACGAAGGAGAGGAGCUACCAGUCAUCUCGGUGGUGAGAGAAACCGAGGCUCAGCUACUACCAGAUGUAGGAGCCAUAGUGACCUGUAAGGUGACCUGUAUCAACCCCAGGUUUGCCAAGGUCCACAUCCUCUACGUUGGUUCCACGCCACUGAAGGACCGUUUUAGAGGAACCAUCCGGAAAGAAGAUGUACGAGCAACAGAAAAAGACAGGGUGGAGACGUAUAAAAGCUUCCGUCCUGGAGACAUCGUCCUGGCUAAAGUCAUCUCCCUGGGAGACGUCCAGUCCAACUACCUGUUGACCACAGCAGAGAACGAGCUGGGGGUGGUGGUAGCCCACAGUGAAGCAGGAGCCCAGAUGGUGCCUAUCAGCUGGUGUGAGAUGCAGUGCCCACGGACACACGCCAAAGAGUUCCGCAAGGUGGCCAGGGUGCAACCUGAGUACCUGCAGGCCUGAGCAGGGACCAGUGGGUGGCGUGCACCCCUCCAGCCCCCCCCGGCAGGGACCCCUUUCCCUUCCUCAAGAAACACACAGCUUCCAUAUCUCUGAUAGAGAGACAAACACACUCACACUUGGAUUGUGAACGAUGCAUUGUGUGUACAAAGGACCAAAAUAUUUUAGAGGUCAUGUACAGAUGCUUGGACAUGAUGCUUAUAUAGUACACAGGUCAUUGACCUGACACACACACACAGAGCCUUGUGUUCAGGGGGGAUACCUCGACACACACACAGCCUUAUUUUCAGGAGGGAUACCUCAACAGUAGAUUCCUCCCUCUACAACCUACAGCAAGGCAGCAUUUUUUUCCCUCCGGGUUCUGGAGGGCUACAGUAGAGGUGCAGGAUUUUGUUCCAACCCAGCACUAGGACACCUGAUUCAACUGAUCACUGGGGCCUUGAUUGGCUGACUCAGUCUCGUUAGUGCUGGACUGGAAUAAAAGCCUGCACCUCUACUGUAGCCUUGUAGAACCAGGUGAGAGAGAAAUGCUGCCUUGCUGUAGGUUGUAGAGGGAGGAAUCUACUGGGCUACAAUACUAGCCCUUUAGAAGCAGGAAUAAAUAACAUCUGGGGUCACCUUCUGAUCCGGGGUCACCUUCUGAUCCGGGGUCACCUUCUGAUCCCAUACCCUUCUCCCUGAACUGUGCUCUCAUGUAUCCCCCCCCAUGGAUUAACAUAGCAUAUCUCUUCCACCCGUCCUUUCCUUUUAAAUCCAUGAGGGGUAGUGAAUGAGUUAUAGAAUCAGACCACAGCCCCGGGGUGACAGUCACCAGUACAGACAGGCCCAAUUCCAAAUCGACCCUUAAACCCUACACGCUAGUGAGUAGGGCUUGAUUUGGGAUUGGGCCUUAGACGGCUAACAGUUGAGAUGUUGCAGUGAAACGCGUGGCGUUUUGUGGCGGCACCGUUGGACUCAUACGACCACGUGGACCUUUCUGCACCAAGUCAGAGAAACGGAGAUGUCUGGUUGGUUUUCUCCAAGAGGUGUUUCUUCUGUCGUUUCAAAACAAUAUUUCUGUUGUUUCUUCGUCUCAUUUCUUCCUGUACUUGUCAGAGGCACAUGUGUUUUUAGGAGUCAAAUAAAGUGUAUCAUGUAUGAACUACUCACCCUGUUCCAAUGUUAUUUACCUGUUAUCAGAAAGGUUCAUUUUAAAGAUGUCUUUUU